AUCGGGGUUAGGUGUAAGGGUUAGGGUUAGGGAUUGAGUUGGAUAUGCAACUGAUGUAUGUGUUAACAAACGCAUUCCGUGGGUGAAAUCCUGCUAUCGUUAGAAAACGUGGAAGCUCGGCUGACUAAGACUUGUCCAUAGAAAAGACUAUGGACGUGAACGUAACGGAGGGUUGGAACGGCAGCACGGCGCCAUGGACAGUCACCCCGCUCGGGGAGGGGGCCAGCCCCCUUCUCCUGCCCUACGAGAGCUUCCUUGCGGUCACGGCGGUGCUGACCAUCUACGGUGUCGGCGGGAUCGUGUCCAACUCCGCCGUGCUGCUGAUGUUCUGGCGGUACCCGACGCUCCGGACGCCGUUCAACAUGCUGCUGUUAAACCUGUGCUUAGGCGGGCUGAUCGUGUCUAUGGCCGGCAUCCCCUUCUCCCUGUCCUCCAGCAUCCACGGGCGCUGGAUCUGGGGCCGCAGCGGCUGCGUCUACUACGGCUUCACCAACAGUUUCUGUGGUAUCCUCUCCAUGAUCACACUGACGGUGAUCGCCUACCAGCGCUACAAGAUCACCGUGAGGCUCCCUGGCGGCCCCAAUCUGAAGUACAGCGAUGUCACCAAGGCCAUUGCCUUCGUCUGGAUCUACUCCCUGUUCUGGACGGCACCACCGCUCUUCGGGUGGAGCAGCUAUCAGCUGGAGGGACCGAGGAUCGGCUGCUCCGUGGACUGGGCCUCCGGCACCGUCAACGACAUCUCCUACAUCAUGGCGUUCUUCGUGUCGUGCCUCAUCCUGCCGCUAGGCGUCAUCGCGGUGUGCUACAUCAGACUCUGGCAGCACAUACACAAACGUGCAGGCCAGCAGCAGAACAAGAAUUCCGCCACGUCUAAAGCCGAGGGUCGGAUCGGGCUGAUGGUGGUGGUGCUGAUCACGUGUUUCCUGAUCUGCUGGCUGCCGUACGGGCUCGUGGCCCUGGUCGUCACCUUCGGGGAGCCUCGGCUCAUCACCCCGACCUCCGCCAUCGUCUGCACGCUCAUGGCCAAGUCCAGCGUCAUGUGGAACCCCAUCAUCUAUGUCGCCAUGAACAAGCAGUUCGGAAGGCACCUGGUGGCCCUUCUCCGCUGCCUGCGAGACGCCGAGACUACUCCACAACCCACUCCAGUGUGAUCCUCACUUUUCGGCAUAAGGACUUCCCGGUUUAAUAACCUGGCCCACAAAGUUGAACAGCCCCCCUCCCCCCUCUCCCAACAAUAAACGCCAGGGUCCAUGGAAAAGCGCGAAGGAUGUUGGGAGUCACAACUUUUCUCUUAGAAAUGCGAGGCAAUAUUAAACAAGAUCGUUCACUGAUGAGUACGCAUGGGCACCGACAUGACUUGUAGGUAAUAUGUGAUGGCUUCUCUCUCCUCUCGAUUUGCGUGAUUUGCGUAAUAGUGUCCAGACGUGUUUUGUUUAUGUUUCACGGGUCUUCACCUUUGACAUAUUACCCACAAUUCAUGUCAUUACGCAUGCGUAAUCGUAAUGGAGAAAUACCUCAUAGUCAUCUUUGAUACAAUGUGACAAUCAAUUACUAGGUGGCUCAAUUUGAGUUGCCUUUCACCAAAUGGCAUAGCAAUAAUUCCACAGACAACAUGGCAGCUUGAGUUAGGAAUACAUUAUACCUUUCUUGCCUGCACAUGUGCGAACAUCUGUUUGACUGAACAUGUUACUAUGCUAGUAUUUCGUCACUGAUUGUCACAAGAUAGACCGACAAUGUUGUUCCGAUGUUGCUCUUUUAAUCCAUGAAAGCUCUAAAUCUACAUAGCAGGACCUCACACUGCCAACAUCUCCGUCUCCUGACCCCCUCCUCUCUAGUCAUGCACAGUUAGCCUUAGGCAUGCCUAAAACUAUUGCAGUGACUCUGUCACACUGAUAAACUGAACCCUUUAUGAAUCACAUACAAUAUAGCAGUUACCCCUGUUCCUACAGACUAUUAUAUAAACCUGAAAUGCUCUCUCACACAUCACGUGUCGUUUGCACAAAGCACAUUGCUGAUGAAUGCAUCUAGCUCAAAUGCCUAUAAAAAAGUAUAUGAUUAUUCUAGAAACGUUUGUUCUUUUGUAAACCUUUUGAAAAAAAAUGAAUUUUAGCGACACCUAGUAAACAUGCCGUGUAUGUUCCAACUAUAGGAAGAAUCUAUGUCGAUAUACAAAUUGUAUCUGGUUGUAAUGAGACAAAUGUUGCAAAAAGUUCGCUGGCUAAAAUAUUGCCUUGCGCUUUUGAGAAUAUACUGCGCGCUACCAAUGCAUGCAAUAUGAAUGUGCUUUAAUAGAUUUAUUUUAAUCAGCCUACAAUUAACAGCAAUAAAUUGUGAUACACGAAUAUCGUGCUCGAAGAUAAAGACAGCAUAUGAUACCAAUAUUUACACAACAAAAGGAGAGCGACUUUCGUAAGAUCUACUACAAAUUUCUAUAAAGUAUUAUACAAUGAAUUACAUAUAUGAGUGUCUAGUAUACGAAUGAGUAUCAAUAUAUCAGCAUGUUGAGUCUUGAGAAUCAUUUACGUUAUACAUCAUUGGCUUUAAGGUCUAAGCAUUCUUUGAUAUAUUUGUACACCGUAAGGGUUAUCAGCUCCUAGGAUAUAGUUGAAUUUAUCUAGCGAACAGAAAGUAUCAAAUUCUUUCGA